ACUGUCAACACCAUGGCAAAUCCAACUGAGCGUGAUUUAGAAGCACAUUUUCGGGAAGAAUUAUUCCAAAGAAGUGAAGGAAAGAAAUCUGGCUUGCUUCCAAAAGAACAGUAUAAUGAAAUUAUUUCAGAACUGGCAGCAAUUGACAAGUCAAGCAAAAAGACGCCUCAUGAAUACUACCUUCUGAAGAAGUAUGAGAUCCUCAAGUGUGGUGAUGUUCUCAAGUUGAUUAGAAGACGGACUGCCAAUGAAGAUCCUAUCUAUUUUGCUACAUUGGAGGAUACAUUCGACAUUAUUAAGCGUGCUCAUAUUGUAACUGGCCACGGAGGGCGCGAUAAGAUGCUAAAGGAAUUAUCUAAAAAGUAUGCCAACAUUACCCAUGAUGCAAUAUCUAUUUACAAAUCACUGUGCAUCGAAUGUCAGCGUAAACGUAAGCGACCAACAACCAAAGGGACUGUUGUUCGACCUAUUCUGACAAAGAACUUUGGCUCCAGAUCACAAGUUGACCUUGUAGACAUGCAGGCGAUGAAGCAAGGCAACUAUAAGUGGAUAAUGGUCUACCAAGAUCAUCUUACAAAGUUCUGUGUAUUGAGACCUCUCACAUCAAAACGUGCUGCAGAAGUUGCGUAUCAGCUGCUGGAUAUUUUUCUUUUACUUGGUGCACCGGAAAUUCUACAAAGUGACAACGGAUCGGAGUUUACUGCUUGUGUUAUUACAGAACUUAAACUGCUUUGGCCUGAUCUCGUAAUGGUUCAUGGAAAACCUAGACAUCCUCAGAGCCAGGGGUCAGUUGAACGAGCAAACUGUGAUAUUAAAGAUAUGUUGGUAGCCUGGUUGAGUGAUAAUAAUACAGAAGGCUGGACAGUUGGUUUAAAAUUUGUGCAGUUUCAAAAAAACUCUAGCUUCCAUUUCAUUGUUCUUUCAUACCGAACACGAUUCAGGGAAUCUGUAUAAUAAUAAGGCCGAAUAAUCAGGGAAUAUGUAUAUUCACUAAAAAUUUCAGGGAAUAUACAUAUCCUCUGA